AUGGAUGGCAGAGCCAAGCCAGAUGGCAUCCCUCCAUACAAGCUGGGCUCCAAGAAGCAGCAGCAGAGAGAGAUGCAGCGCAACAUGAGGAUGAACAGCCAAGUGUCUUUGCCUGCUUUCCCUCGUACGCAGUGCCCUCCUAAGGAGAUGGUCCCCAUGAAGCCGGCCGAGUUUGCCGCCCAGCUGAUUUCCCGCCUGGAGAACCUGAAAAGGGAGCAGGACACCCUCAGCUCUCUGGAGGAGAGGCUGCAGCAGAUCCAGGAGGAGGAGGAAAGAGAGGAUGCUGACGUCAGUGGAAGUCUUCCCCAGCCCUCCCCCCAUCCGUUGACCCUCCUCCCCGGUUCCUCGGACGAGGAUCCUCAGGCCAUUCUGGACAAACACCUGUCCCGGGUCUUGAAGACCCCCGGGUGCCAGUCCCCCAACGUCGUCCAGCACUCGCCCCGCUCCAUCUCUCCCGAGCACCGGCCGCUCGCCUGCCCGGGCUUUGGAAUCAGAGCCUCGGCAAGGACCGGCCCCUCCUGUUCGUCGGCCUUGAGCCCUGACGAGGGGGCCCCGGGCCCCGGCCGGACCCUGGUGGGCCGGCCCAGCACCAAGCACAUCCACCACCACUACAUCCACCACCACGCCAGCCCCAAGUCCAAAGAGCAGAUCGAGAGGGAGGCGGCCCUGCGGGUGCACGGCGUGCUGGCCGGCGGCGAGUGCCCGCCCUGCACGCCGUACCCGCGCAGCCGCAGCCUGGGCCGGGAGAUGUGCGGCGCCGCCUCCACCGACAGCAGCGCCGGGCGCUCCAGCUCUCUCUCCCGGCGCGUGUGUCGCUCCGGGGCUGAAGACGGCGUGGCCGACAGGUGCGUGGAGGACGGCGGGCCCCUGCAGCUGCCCAGCGACACGGCGGACCCCGCCCAGAACGUGCUGCACGCCCAGAGCACCAAGAAGUCCUUCGGGGGUCCGUCCGCCCAGACGCACAUGUGGGGCGGCGGCGGAAACUGCGCCCACCUGCGAGGCCACCAGCCCGCCCAGCCCUUCAUCCAGGAUCCCGCCAUGCCCCCCCUGCCCCCGCCCAACACGCUGGCCCAGCUGGAGGAGGCCUGCCGCAGGCUGGAGGAGGUGUCCACCAAACCCGCCAAACAGAGGCACUCGCCGUCCGGUCUGCAGCGGGAAAAGACUCACCCGGCGUCUGUCCAGGGCGGGGGAAGCGUCCCGGCCGGCCCCGCCACGCCCAGCCCCGGCCUCCAAUCAGAAGAGUACGAUGCCUCUAGCUGUCGUGAGUUCCCCCCCGCAUCCUCUGACAGCCUCCCUCUGCCUCCUUACAGGUUUAAGAAGGCCGCUGGGAGCCCCGCCGGGUGCGGCGGCGAGACCGUGGUCACCUAUUUCUUCUGCGGGGAGGAGAUCCCCUACCGGAGGACCAUGAAGAGCCACAGUCUCACCCUGGGCCACUUCAAAGAGCAGCUCCGCAAGAAGGGCAACUACAGGUACUAUUUCAAGAAAGCCAGCGACGAGUUUGAGUGCGGCGCGGUGUUCGAGGAGGUGCUGGACGACGGCUCCCUGCUGCCCACCUACGAGGGCAAGAUCCUGGGGAAGGUGGAGAGGAUGGACUGA